AUGUUUAGAGCUUCAAUUGUAUGUAUAAGAAAGAAGAGAUUCGAAGAAGACGUACUAACCGGGUGCCAGAACUUGUCUGUUAGAAGAUUUUCUGUUGCAAGCAGAAGAAAUAACUUGAUUUCUGACUUGUACGUUAGUCAAAUCAAACAAUUUAAACCAACUCCAAUUUCAACUGAACAACAAGAAGCUUCAGUUAAAGCUUUCCACUUACCUCAAAAACCAUCGUUACCAUCUGAAGAAGUCAGUGCUGAUGGUUUAGCUUCAUAUGAAUCUGCAGAAGUUGAAACUGAAUCCGCAGCUCCAGUUGAAGGAUCUGCUCCAGUUGAAGAAGAUUGGUUUGUUUUUGAAGAACCAGAAGAACAUCAUUAA